AUGGACUUUUACCUAAACAAGGCGCUGGACAAGGAAAAGAAGAAGAAAUACAAGCGGUCCGAGCUGCAGAAUUACAAUGUGAAUCGUUCGACAGUGACGGAACCUUCUGGAUUGGUCUUGGAGAUGAGGAUGGAUGAGUCGCAACAGAAAAAGUACUUUAUCAAGGAAAUUACUCCAGACAGUCUAUUUGAACGAAUGAACAAGAAUUUUAAAAUUCCCUUACAGGUUGGAGACCGCGUCAUUGAACUCAACAAGGUGGAAUUGGAUGACUUUCAGGGUCUCUUUCAAAUGAACCAAGCCUUACGCGAAGAAAAAGAUAUCACAAUAUCCUUGCUGAAAGCAGAAAAAGAGAAACGGUGGUUACACGACAAGCCGAAGCAAUAUCCCGGAAAAGCACCACCAAAAGAAGAAACCUUUCGACCGGAGAACAAGGUAUAUCCUCCACCCAAAGAUUUCGAGCCAGCGCCAGCUCCAGCAGCAAAACCAGCUCCAGCACCGGCGGCCGAACCAACGUCACCAGCAGCCCCGGUACCUGCGACGCCUACGGCAGCGCCAGCGAAUAGCUCUUCUUGUUGCUGUGUCAUAUCGUAA